AAGCAAUCAAUAAAUUAAGAGAUCAACUACGUUACUAUGCUGUCAUAGAUAUUCGUUCUCAAAAAUUUCUAAUCACCAAAAAUGAUAUCGUGAUCGCACAUAGGUUGAACGACGUGAACGUUGGAGAUGAAUUAAACCUAAAUCGGGUGCUUGAAUUGGGAUCUAAGGAUUAUACGAUCAAAGGGCAACCUUUUGUUUCUGAAUCAUUUUAUAGUAUUAAAGCUACAGUACUUGAACAACCUAAAG